GGAAGCGGCGAGAAUGGGCUGACAGGUGUGAGAGCCAGAAAGAGAGUGAGAGAAUGAACCAGAAACCAAAAAGCUAUGCCAGUAUCUAUGCCUCUAUCCCCAGUAAUAGCGUUUGGUUGCCGCAACUGUGUGGCUCCUCUUAAGCGCCUCUUAACCUACUCCUCCCAUUCUCAUUAUCACCAUCGUCGCCGUCUUCUUCAUUUCCUCCGCACUGGCAGUCUGAAUUUCCCCUCUCACUUUUCUCCUCUAUCUUCUUUCCAUCAUCUCCCCGAAAAUCUCAACCGUUUCUUCACGGGUAAUAUACACUCACUCUUCUUCCCGAUGGAGGGAAAUUUAUGUCAAGUUGGGUGGAUGUACUACGUACUACUGGCCAUUGUUACUGGGGUUGAUUGCUUUGUAAGUGAUACCCAAACUCACACAAGCACGAGGACCUUUGACCUUCAAACUCAACCCUUGGCUGCCUGUGCUCUGGAGAGAUUCUUUGCUGGAAGUGGCAUCAACAAGAAUCAAGCAAUGGUGGCACAUUUGCAGCAUUAUGGAGUGAUCAGCUCAAAAAAGGUGGCUGAAGUAAUGGAAACUAUUGAUAGGGCUUUAUUUGUACCUGAUGGAUCUCCAGCUUAUGUUGACAGCCCCAUGGCAAUAGGUUACAAUGCCACUAUUUCUGCACCGCAUAUGCAUGCAACUUGCCUUCAGUUGUUGGAGGAGCAUUUAAAACCUGGGAUGCAUGCUUUAGAUGUUGGCUCAGGGACUGGGUAUUUAACUGCAUGCUUUGCUGUGAUGGUUGGACCACAAGGUCGUGCCGUUGGUGUGGAACAUAUUCCAGAGCUUGUCACAUCUUCAAUCAAGAAUAUUGAAAAAAGUGCAGCCGCUCCAUUACUGAAAGAAGGUUCUCUCUCGGUACAUGUUGGUGAUGGAAGACAAGGUUGGGCGGAGUUUGCACCUUAUGAUGCCAUACAUGUAGGUGCAGCAGCAGCAGAAAUCCCACCGGCACUUGUUGAGCAGUUGAAGCCUGGUGGCAGAAUGGUGAUUCCAGUUGGCAAUAUAUUCCAGGAUUUGAAAGUUAUCGACAAGAACGAGGAUGGUUCCAUUAGUGUCCGGAGCGAAACUUCUGUUCGUUAUGUUCCUCUAACGAGUCGAGAAGCCCAGCUACGGGGUUAUUGAGUUAUGGAUGUUAUCAUCAAGUCCAGAUAGAUGACUAUGGUUAUUUAUGCAUUUUGAUAUACACAAGUCUAUUGUACAGUUGUACAGGAUUGACGUUGCUGUUGCAUGUUUUGGUUUCUGUUCCUUUGUUGUGGGAGGCCUUUGCUUUGGCGGACUUGUAAAUAAUAAUAAUAAUAAUAAGUAAUUAUAAAAAAGUUCCUAUCAAAA